GCUGCUCAAUGCGUAUACAAUUGUGCAGUUAGGUUAUAGUUUUAUAAAUAAGCAUUCUUGUAGUUAAGUUGAUUAAUUGUAUCUUUGAAAGAUAUUCAAAUGUUUUAAAGUUUAAUAAAAGAACUUAAAUAAUUGAUUAAAAUGUCUGUUAAUGACGUGAAAGAUGUGAUUAUGAUAGACGACGACGAGUGUCAAGUCACAGAGGACGAUGAGAUAGCAGCUAUCAAUUAUGAGCUGCAACAAAUAGAGAGUGAAAUGCAGAAACUUCGAGAUCGCAAAAAGAUAUUAACCGAACGCAAAGAAAAACUGCGCGACGAUAUCCUUUUAAAAAAGAGUUUCUCGCUGUCCAAGAAAGACUGGAAUAAUGCAAAUUUUGAUUGGUCCGCAAGACUCCAAAAAACUUUAAAGGAUGUUUUUAAGAUAGAAAACUUGCGAGAAUUACAAUUACCAACUAUGAACGCUAUUAUGUCCAAGGAAGAUGUUAUCUUAAUCAUGCCUACAGGUGGUGGUAAAAGUUUGUGUUAUCAGUUGCCGGCUGUAAUCAGCAAGGGUAUAACGAUAGUGGUUUCGCCGUUGGUAUCAUUAAUGGAAGAUCAAUUGCAUGGAUUAAACAGGCUUAAUGUAAAAGCUACCAUGUUAUGCGCAAAGACUGAUAAAGAAAUCGUCAAGAUGACCAUGGACGCUCUCAUAAAUAAAAACUCCAAUCUUAAAUUGAUUUACGUAACGCCCGAGUACAUGGCGAAAUCUAAACGUUUUAUGAGCAAAGUGCAAAAAGCAUUUGAAUUAGGGAAUCUGGAACGUUUUGCCAUAGACGAAGUCCAUUGUUGCAGUCAAUGGGGUCACGAUUUCAGGCCGGAUUAUCAGUUUUUGACCACGCUGAAAUCCUUAUUCCCAGGCGUACCGAUUCUGGGUCUCACUGCCACGGCUCCCGCUAAAAUCAUCGUAGAUGUACAAAAGAUGCUGGACAUCAGUGGUUGCCUGGUCCUACGAGCUUCGUUCAACAGACCGAAUCUAUAUUACGAGGUUCGUCGCAAACCGGCGGAUAAGAAGCUCUGCCUCGAAAUGAUAGAAGGUCUGUUGAAGAAUCGAUUUAGCGGAAAAUCAGGUAUUAUUUACACAACCACGAUCAAAGAUGCCGAACAAUUGACCACGAAUUUAAGGGAAAAAGGCGUCAAAAUUGGAUGCUACCACGCGAUGCUCGAACCGGAAUACAGAUCGGAGGUUUACUCGAAAUGGAUAUCGGGCAAGUAUCAAGCGGUGGUCGCGACCAUCGCCUUCGGAUUGGGGAUCGACAAACCGGAUGUGCGAUUCGUGAUUCAUCAUUGCGUCUCGAAGUCGAUGGAGAACUUUUAUCAAGAAAGCGGUCGCGCGGGUAGAGACGGCAGGAAGGCGGUCUGUCUCGUGCUCUACAGAUUAGCGGAUGUAUUCAAACUGAGCACGAUGGUGUUUCAGGACAGAGUCGGACUGCAGAACCUGUACAAAGUGUUAUCGUACUGCCUGAAUCAAACGUCCUGCAGACGAAGCUUGAUAGCGACUCAUUUCGAAGAGAGCUGGAACGAAAGCGAUUGCGUUCAAAUGUGCGAUCAUUGCAGGAAGCCGGAAGUCAAGAAGGAAGUUGACGUAACGCAGUAUUGUAGACAGCUGUAUCAGAUUAUGACUAAGGCUGUGCAAAAUGAUACACGAUUGACCGCUUUGAAGCUCGUCGACGCUUGGUACGCUAAAGGUGCGUCAUCGCUCCGAGUGUCUGACGUGCCCGUGCCAAAGUUCACGAGAGAAACUGCCGAAGCUAUUAUAGGACACUUGCUGGUGAACGGUUACUUACAAGAGGAUUUUCACUUCUCCUCGUAUUCUACGAUAUCGUACCUCAAACGUGGACCUAAGUCGGGACUAGCUCUCAGCAACGAUCAUAAGAUACUCUUUAACUACGAACUGCACUAAACUUAAUGCGAUUGAUAG